UUUGUUGAUACUAUACCCACUGAGAAUGUGCUCCAGAUCCGGCCUUUUGGAAGCGCUCUCUCAGGCCAGCUGGGGAAUUACCAAAAACAAAUAAAAAAAAAGUUGUCUAAUUGUCAUUAUUUUCAUUGUUUAUUUUUUUUUUUACCGCUGCUUGUAAACAUUUAAGAAACCGUUGUUGGUUUGUGUCUACCUGUUUGAUCAAUCAAACGAAAAUAUUCAAAUCUUAAUAAUUUUUUCUCUUUUCAUCGAUUUUAAAAUUGUUUAAAAAUGAAAGCUGUGAUUCAACGCGUGACCAAAGCAUCAGUUUUAGUAAAUGGAGAAAUUAUCAGUAGCAUCGGUAAUGGAUUGUGUGUAUUAAUUGGAAUUAAAUCUGAUGACACGAUUGCUGAUGCCGAGUACAUAGCUGAAAAAAUAUUAAAAUUGAAAAUUUUUGAUGGCCCUACUGGAAAACGAUGGGCUUCCAGUGUAAUGGAUAAAGAUUUUGAAGUUCUAUGUAUCAGUCAAUUUACACUUUACCAUGUUAUGAAGGGAAAUAAAUUGGAUUUCCAUCGUGCGAUGUCGACUUCUGCAGCUGAGUCAUUUUACAAACAUUUUUUGAGUGAAUUGAAACAAAAAUACACUCCUGAACGAAUUAAAGAUGGUAAAUUCGGAGCUAUGAUGAAUGUUCAAAUUGAAAAUAAUGGACCCGUGACUCUAGAAAUUGAAUCUCCGAUAAAAGAUAACGUUGAAUCUGUACCAACAUAAUUACUAUUUGUUACUCAACAGUUUAUUUUAUUAAGUACACAUUCUUGUUAUAAAUCUAACAUUUUACAAUAUUUUUUACCGAAUUGUUUUUUACCUAAAUUGUAAUAAAAAAAAUCCCCGACGCCAUACAAUUUUUUUUUAUCUCUCAUUAACAAAUUACAUGUAAUUAAAAAAAAUAAUUUUAAGUUAUGCAUUAAAAGUUUAUCAUAUUUAUACUUUUUUAAUUUUAAAAUAUGAAAAUUGUGAGCUGUCAGUUGCGUUUACUGU